AUGCCACCCAAGAACAGGGAUUUCUCAGGUUAUCAAUAUGCGGCGAUGUCAUCGCUCGUAUUGACAGCCGACCGAUCAAAGAUUCCACGACGAGAUAAUGAGCCAACGGGUGAACCUGAAACUUUAGUGGGUCGGAUAGAUCCCAAAUCGAUGGGAUCUCGAGCCUUCAAGGAGUCAGUUAAUUUGAAGCAAGAUAUUUCAAAGAAGAAAUCAAAACAUGCAGCAAAUCAUGACGAGCGACCUCGAAAGGUAACUGAAGCAAGCGGAAGGAGGUACGGUGAUGUGAUCGAAGCUAUACAAGAGAUUGAAGGAUUGAAUUAUAAACCUCGAACAAGUGAAACAAAACAAAUCUAUGAAAUCUUGCUUUCGACUGUUCAUCUCACACUAGGUGAUCAACCUAAUGACAUUAUCCGAUCAGCAGCCGAUAUGACCAUUGAGACUCUGAAGAACGAUAAUGAAUAUCCAAAAGAUCUCGACAAGAAGCGUGCAAUUGAAGAAUUUCUCGGAAUCAUUCCAAAUGAGAAAUUCAACGAGCUCAGCAAUCUUUGCAAGAAACUUACUGAUUAUGGGGGAGAAGACGCCGAUCAGCAGGGAUCUGGCGAGGGAGGAGAAGAUGGUGAAGGAAAAACAAGGGCGAAUGAGCUAGACGAUGAUAACAACGGAGUUGCGGUCGUAUUCGAGGAUGACGAGGGUGCUGAAGAUAGUGAUGAAGAUGAAUUUGAAAUCAGGGAUGAAGAGAACAGCGAAGAAGAAAGUGGCGACGAUGAUGAGCGUGAUGAAGACGACGAUGAUCGUGAUCCUAAUCCAAUCGAUGCUGAUGAACAAAUUACCAUUGGACCCGACACGACCAAGAACGCCCAAACCGGUCUCAGAACCAAGAAAUCUAAGCAAGAACUCACAAUUCACGAUAUCGAUGGAUUUUGGCUUCAACGGCUUAUCGGUUCACAUUUUCUUGACCCUAUCGAGGCCGAAGCUAAGACGAAGGAGGCCAUCAAUCUUCUCUCUGCCGACAACUCUAGCCUACGGGACCUCGAGAACAGUUUGGUCGAUCUGUUUGAUUACGAUAAAUUUGAGCUAGUGUCGAUCUUGACAAAAAACCGUGAUAUCAUCGUCUGGGGAACUAAAUGGUCUCGUAGUGAUGAGGACGAGAAGGUCAAUUUGGCAGUUGUGAUGCGAGAAAAGGGAGUUGGAUGGAUCGUAAAAGCGCUGACUACUGGUCGAGGCAUCGUUAAUCCUCAAUUGCAAGCCACAAAUGAGCCUAGCAAGAUGGACAUCGACAGCGAUGAAUCAAAAUCUGCAUUCCCCACCAAGGCCAACCUGAUCCCCAACUCAUUUCUCCCUAACCCUAAGAAGGUUGUUGAUCUCAAUUCGAUGAAGUUUAAUCAAGGCUCGCGUACUAUGACCAACAAAAAAUGUAAAUUGCCAGAAGGUUCUCAUAAAGUUCAACCUACUGGAAAAGGUUAUGAAGAGAUUCGUGUACCGGCACCUCAAAAAGCGAUUGUCAGUAGUGAAGAUUUGGUGAAGAUUUCGGAAUUGCCAUCUUGGUGUAGAGAAGCUUUCAAAGGGGCUACCAGUCUGAACCGUGUUCAGAGCAAAACUUUUCCUAUCGCGUUUGGUCAAGAUGAUCCAAUUCUAUUGUGCGCUCCUACAGGGGCUGGUAAAACAAAUGUAGCAAUGUUGACUGUUCUGAACGAGAUUGCAAAGCACCGAAAUGAAUCUACGGGUGAAAUCGAUUUUGCUUCGAUCAAGAUCAUCUAUGUAGCACCAAUGAAGGCUUUAGUUCAAGAGAUGGUUGGCAAUUUUUCAAGUCGACUGAAAUACCUUGGUAUCCAGGUUGGGGAGUUGACUGGUGAUCGACAAAUGACAAAGGACCAAAUCUCGAUGACUCAGAUUAUCGUCACUACUCCUGAAAAAUGGGAUGUCAUCACUCGUAAAAGCACGGAUACCAGUUACACUAAUUUGGUCGGAUUGAUCAUCAUUGAUGAGAUUCAUCUCUUGCACGACGAGCGUGGUCCUGUUCUUGAAGCUUUGGUAUCACGGACGAUUCGUAGAAUGGAACAAAAUCACGAAUAUGUUCGACUAGUCGGCUUGUCAGCUACCUUACCCAACUAUCUAGAUGUCGCUAAAUUCUUACGCGUCAAUCCCAAGAAAGGACUAUUCUUUUUCGACAGUUCAUAUCGACCUUGUCCAUUGCAAUUAGAGUUCAUUGGUAUCACCGAGAAGAAGGCGAUUAAACGUUUACAACUGACGAAUGAAAUUUGUUAUGACAAGGUCAUAAAUCAACUAGACGACAAGCAACAGAUCAUCAUUUUUGUUCAUUCCCGAAAAGAGACCGCUCGGACAGCACAGCAAUUGAAGGAAACGGCAAUCGAACGUGAAGAGAUUGGGAAAUUUAUGUCUGGUGGCCUGGCCACUCGGGAAAUUUUGAUGGAGUCAACUGAGCACGUACAAAACCCACAGCUCAAAGAUAUCCUCCAAUUUGGUAUUGGUAUUCAUCAUGCAGGACUGGCAAGAGUCGAUCGUAGACUUGUGGAAGAGCUAUUUGCAGAUGGACACCUUCAGGUCUUAGUAUCGACUGCUACUUUGGCUUGGGGAGUCAACCUACCCGCCCAUGCUGUCAUCAUCAAAGGUACUCAAAUUUACAACCCGGAGAAAGGUAGAUGGGUGGAAUUAUCGCCCCAGGAUGUCCUCCAGAUGUUAGGUAGAGCAGGAAGGCCUCAAUAUGACACGAUGGGUGAAGGUAUCAUCAUUACCAACCAUUCUGAACUUCAAUUCCACUUGUCGAUAGUCACAAGUCAGCUGCCUAUAGAGUCUCAACUGAUUAACAAGCUGGCAGACAAUCUCAAUGCCGAAAUCGUCCUCGGUACCAUACGUAAUCGGGAUGAAGCCGCACAGUGGUUAGGAUACACCUAUUGGUUCCAACGCGCCCUCGAAAAUCCAUCGCUCUAUGGAAUCCAAUACGAAUCAAGUGAUCCACUGCUACUUCAAAAGCGAUCUGACAUUGUUCAUACCGCAUUUUGCAUGUUAGACAAAAGUGGUUUGAUCAAAUAUGAACGGAGGACUGGUUUGAUUACUUCGACUGAACUUGGCAAGAUUGCGAGUCAUUAUUAUAUCACGAAUUCUUCGAUGGCCACCUACAAUCAGCAUCUUCGACCUACAAUGACGCUUAUUGAACUCUUCAGGGUGUUUGCGGCGAGUGAUGAAUUCAAAUACGUACCGACGCGCGCUGAAGAAAAACAGGAACUUGCUAAGUUACUCGAGAAAGUUCCGAUCCCUGUGAAGGAGUCGGUCGAUGACCCUAGUGCAAAGAUCAAUGUACUUUUACAAGCAUACAUCUCGCGGCUCACUUUGGAAGGAUUCGCUCUGAUGUCAGAUAUGGUAUAUGUAACUCAAUCAGCCGGUCGGAUCUUGAGGGCGUUAUUCGAAAUCUGCUUGAAACGUGGUUGGGCUCGAUUGACUCAUUCAGCCUUGGAUCUCUGCAAGAUGGUAGAGAAAAGAAUGUGGACCUCGAUGACACCUUUACGCCAGUUUCCUUCUUGUUCGGCUGAUAUCAUCAAACGUGCUGAACGUAAAGACUUUCCUUGGUAUCGAUUCUUUGAUCUCGAACCCCAAGAACUCGGUGAAUUGAUGGGUAAUCCAAAGUUGGGUAAAACUAUUCACAAAUAUGUUCAUCAGUUUCCCAAGUUGGAACUUCAGGCGCUUGUUCAACCGAUCACUCGAACGAUGCUACGAAUCGAGCUUACUAUCACCCCAGAUUUCAUCUGGGAUCAGGCUGUUCACGGCACAGCUGAAACGUUUUGGAUCAUGGUAGAAGAUGUGGAUGGGGAACUAGUACUGUUCACCGAUCAAUUCUUGUUGCGAGAGCGAUACGCAACAGAUGAACAUUUCGUCACGUUUUAUGCGCCUAUGUUGGAUCCACUACCACCAAACUAUUUCAUUUCAGUCGUGUCAGAUCGGUGGUUGCAUGCCGGAACCCGAUUGCCAUUAUCAUUCAAGCAUUUGAUUCUACCCGAAAAGUUUUCAUUACCCACGCCACUUCUUGACCUUCAACCAUUACCUGUGUCUGCACUACAUCAUAAAGCAUACGAAGCCAUAUAUCUGAAACAAGGUCUCAAGAAUUUCAACAAGAUCCAGACCCAAGUCUUUCAAGCUCUAUAUACUAGCAGCGAUAACGUAUUGAUUUGUUCACCAACCGGUAGUGGGAAGACAAUAUGUGCCGAAUUUGCACUACUCCGACUUUGGUCCCAACCUGAAUGGUCAAGAUGUGUAUGUAUAGAGCCAUACCAGGAAAUAGUUGAUGCUAGGGUCAAAGAAUGGAGAGACAAGUUUGGGCCACUCGGCAAAGUCAUUGAGCCCCUUACUGGUGAAUUGACUCGUGACGUCGAGCUCACUGCAAGUGACGGGAGCAAGGCUGGACAAGCCAGGAUUGAUGUGAUCAUCUGUACGCCUACGCAAUGGGAUCUUGUCUCACGACGAUGGAAACAACGGAAGAUGGUCGAACGUACUGGCUUAUUGAUCGCUGAUGAGAUACAUCUAAUCGGAUCCGAGAUUGGGCCUACUUACGAAGUUAUCGUCUCACGAGCACGUUAUGUGACCGCUCAAAGCGAUAUCAGCAAAACGCGGAUUGUUGCACUUGGCUGUCCUUUGGCGAACGCUAGAGAUUUGGGAGAUUGGAUGGGAGCUACUGCGCAGACCAUCUUUAACUUUUCACCCGGGUCGCGCCCAUUGCCGCUCGAGGUACAUCUUCAAUCAUUCAAUGUACCUCACUUUCCAUCCUUGAUGAUCCAGAUGGCCAAGCCUGCGUAUUUAUCAAUUCUCGAGUAUGCCAAUGAGAAGCCAGUAAUUGCCUUCGUACCUUCACGAAAGCAGUGUCGACUUACAGCGUCUGACUUACUGAUCUAUGCUCUAUCUGAUGAGAAUCCAACACGAUUCUUGAAUAUCGAGAAAGAAGAUCUUCAACCUCAUCUUGCUCAUAUCACGGAUCAAAAUUUGAAAGAAACUUUAGAAAGCGGUAUUGGAUAUUAUCAUGAGGCCAUGUCAAAGUCUGACAAAUUAAUUGUACAGAAGCUUUUCGAAGUUGGGGCAAUCCAGGUCGUUGUAGCGUCAAAAGAUACUGCUUGGAAUAUUCCAAUGACUGCCUAUAUGGUGAUCAUUAUGGGUGUACAAAACUACGAGGGUAAAGAGCAUCGUUAUGUGGAUUACUCGUUUCCGGAUAUCUUGCAAAUGAUGGGCCGAGCAUGUCGACCAAAUGAAGAUACAUCUAGCCGAUGCGUACUGAUGUGUCAACAUAUUCGAAAAGACUUCUUCAAGAAGUUUUUGAAUGAAGGUUUGCCAAUCGAAUCACAUCUUCAUUUGUCCCUACACGAUCACUUCAACGCAGAAAUUGUAUCAAAAACAAUCGAGAACAAACAAGACGCUGUGGACUGGUGUACUUGGCAGUGGUUUUAUCGUCGCUUGGUGGCCAAUCCGAAUUAUUACAAUAUGCAAGCCACUGACCAUCGCCAUCUGAGCGACCACCUUUCUGAAUUGGUGGAAUCUACUCUGAGCGAUCUUCAAAGCUCAAAUUGCAUCACUAUUGAAGAUGAAAUGGACACUAGUCCACUCCCCUUGGGAAUUGUUGCUGCUUAUUAUAACGUCAACUACAUCACAGCUGAUGUAUUUAGUAUGAGUUUGACAGAGAAGACCAAACUGAAGGGUAUCCUUGAAAUCAUAUCUGCUGCUCAAGAAUUCGAGUCUGUUCCACUUCGACACGGAGAAGAAUCAUUAUUGAAGAAGGUAUACGAUCGAGUUCCGGUGAAAGUGGCGAAAGCGGAAUACUUAUCGCCUCACUUUAAAACAAAUAUUUUACUUCAAGCUCAUUUCAGUCGAUUAACUUUACCUUCAGAUUUGAUGUUGGAUCAAAUUGAAAUUUUACGAAAAGUUCCAAAUCUCAUUUCCGCUGCUGUUGAUGUACUCAGUUCACAAGAGUGUCUCAACACGACUGUUGCUAUGGAGUUCUUCCAAAUGAUCGUACAAGCUGUAUGGAAUCAUGAUAGUCCUCUAAAACAGAUUCCUGGAUUCACGACUGAAGUCAUCCAGAGAUGUAUAGAGGCUGAUGUAACUCAAGUCACUGACAUCAUGGAAUUGGAGGACGAUCAGCGUAACGAAUUACUAAGAAUGGAUAAUAAACAAUUAGCUAAAGUAGCUCAAUUUGUCAACUCACAUCCAUCUAUUGAAAUGGGUUACGAAAUCGAAGAUGAAGAUGGACUAACAACCAAUACACCCAUCACCUUAAAAGUAUCAUUAACAACUGAUGAAGAUGAAGAUGAGAAAAGACCAGUAGCAGGCAAUGGAGUGAUUGCACCAUUCUAUCCUACUGCUAAACAAGAUUGUUGGUGGUUAAUUGUGGAAGAUCCGAAGAGUAAGAAAUUAUUGGGUCUCAAAAAAGUAACGGGUGUCACGCCUUUACCUACUAAAAUCGAAUUCACUGUACCUAAUGCUGGUAAACAUGAAUUGAAACUUGAUCUGAUUUCAGACUCAUAUAUUGGUGUUGAUCAGGAAUUGAAGAUUGAAUUAAAUGUAGCAGAAGGAGAUGAUGAUGAUUCAGACGAAGAUGAUUCAGAUGAAGAGAUGGAAGAUGGACAGGCAUAACUUAAAACUUAAAGUGACCAGACAGAAAAGAGAGAGAGGCAAGAUUUUUGAAAAGAAGAAAUAAAGUACUAGGUUGUAUGUGUAGAAUUACAUUGAAUUCAGAAAUCUUUUGAUGCUCAAUCUUUUUUUUGGAAGACUAGCUACUUUAUUAUCAUUUCAACAAAAGGAGAGGGGUAAUAAGAUUGUGCAUAUGAUGAAUGGUAGAUGUAAUGUUAGUGAACCAUGUGAAGAAUAUAUAUAGCCUGGUUCAUCUCUAG